CGGGGGGCGGAGCGCGGCGGGGGAGGGGGCGGCCGGGGGUUUCAGACCCCGCGCCAUGCCCGGCUGGCUGGAGCGGCUGGCCGAGGUGGUGCUGCGGCUGCCGCCCGUCGUCCUGCUGGACCUGCUCUACCGGUGGGACGUGCAGGCCUUCGCCGACGCGGGGCGCCCCCUGGCGGGGCGGCUUCAGCUGCCGAGCGGCCGCCUGUGGAGCCUUUACUACGCCGGCCACCUGCUGUGCCUGGUGGUGGUGCUACUCCCCCUCUGCUCCCUGGUGCAGCUCUACCUCCGCCUGGUGGCGCUACUACUGCUCUACCUGGCCCACCAGGCCGCCUGGGACUACCUGGACCAUGAGGUGGAGCGGGGAUUCCAGGGCGCCAUCUACGAGGACCCGGUGGCCCUUGGGCACUUUGCCACUGCGCUGACUGGGCAGGUCGCGGUCGUCGCCCUCUGCGCUCGGCUGCUGAAGACCCGGCAGGUGGGGCUGCUCUGCGCUCCCCUCCUCCCGCUGGCCGCCCGGCUCUGCUGCCUCCCUCCCCAGACCCUGCCCACCGUCAGCCGCUGUGGGGCAGCCGUGGCGGCCCUGGAGCUCCUCUACGGGGCAGCCGACGACCUCCGGGGGCUUCUCCGCAGAGCUGCGGCCGGAUGCCGGGAGUUCCUCCAGGAUCCGGGACCGUUUCGGCUGGUGACGCUGGCCGUGUCUCUGUGGCGGCGGCUGGCUGUGCCGCUGGUCUUCUCCGCCUUUUGGCUCGUCCUGUUCACACUGCAGAUCUUCACCUUGGCCGCCUCCUUCUCUUCCUCUUCCUCCGGCCACUUUUUAUCCCAGCAGGGGUGGAUCUUCGUCUUCCUUAGCAGCGUGGCCAAGUGCUGCAGCACCCCCUACUCGCUCCUCGGACUCACCUUCGCCGUCUCCUACCUGGCCCUGGGGCUGCUCCAGCUGGGCAAGCUGUACUUAACCGGCUUUGGUGCCUUCCAGGAGGGCAGCGUCAUGCACAGGGGCGUGACGGAAGGGGUGACGCUGCUGCUGCUGGCCAUCCAGACGGGCCUCUUGGGCCUGCAGCUCCUCCAGAGGACCUACCUGCUCACCAUCAUCCUCUUCAUCGUGGCCACCUCCACGUUGCAGUCCAUGAGCGACAUCGCCGAGCCCUUUCUCUUGGCGCUGGGGGCGUCCCAGAGCAGGAAUUUCUGGAAACACGUCCGUGGGGUCAGCCUUUGCCUGUUUCUCUUGGGGGCACCCGUCUUCAUGGCCUACAAGAUCGCCCAUUUCUUCCAGCUGGACUUCUGGCUGCUGAUCCUCAUCUCCAGCUGCCUGUUGACCUCUCUGCAGGUGCUGGGGACCCUCUUCGUCUACGGCCUCUUCAUGAUGGAGCCCUUGCAGGGGACCUCCUGGGAGAAGAUGGAGGAGAUCCUGUACGGUGUCCACGCCCUCAGCCGGACGCUGGAGUUCCUGGUGGCCCUGUGCGUGGUGGCCUACGGCACCUGGGGGUCCGUCGCGGGGGAGUGGACCUGGCUGGGGGCCUCGGUCAUCCUCAUCCAUUGCUACUUCAACGUCUGGCUCAGGGCCCGAUCCGGCUGGAGGAGCUUCUCGCUCCGCUGGGAGGCGGCCAAGAAAAUCAGCUUGCUCUCCAGGGCCACCGCCGGGCAGCUGCGGGACCACAAUGACCUCUGCGCCAUCUGCUUCCAGGAGAUGACCCUGGCCGUCAUCAUGCCCUGCAGCCACUUUUUCCACGAGGGCUGCCUUCGCAAGUGGUUCUACGUGCAGGACACCUGUCCCCUCUGCCACCAGGCGGUUCAAAUCCCGGCUUCCCAGGAAAUCCAGCGAGGAGGCGGCGCUGGACCAGAGGGAAGACCCCAGCCGGAGCGUGGAAUGUCCGUCGGCCAUCAGAAAACAGGAGACUCCAAUCACGACGGGUCCACGUCCAGCGACACCGAGCAGCCUGGCCUUUGGCCAGUGGGGUCAGCUGGGGAAGACCCCCAGCUGGGUCACAGUCCACGAGGGGCCCUGCCCAGGCUCAGCCCUCCCCAAGGAAGAGCCCCCACAGCAGAAGAAAGUGACCAGAUGCCUCUUCGGGAAAGUCUCCAAAGACUCGGUGAAUCGGUAGAGAUCUGGCCGUUGGGGCAGCCCCCUCUCCAAAGCGAGCUGAAAUUAUCCAGCGGGCAAAGAGACACCAGUCCCCCUUGACCCUCGGCUCCGGGGGGCGCCCUCGCCGAGGGGCAUCGGCCCACCCCGACGACUGCCAGCCGCUUUGCAGCGAUGGGCAGGGCUGCCGAGACUGGGGGCGAGAUCCAGGAGAAACCAGGAGCAACUGGACAGCCUGAGUGACCUCCUUCCCCCGUCCGUUCCUGACCCUCGACCUUCACCCGGGGGCGUUUCUCUUGAAAAAUCUCCCUUCCUACUUCUGUUACCCAGGUAGUUGCCUUUUUGCCAGUCUCAGGAAAAUCAGCCGAAGAAAACCGUAUUUUUUUUGUUUUGUUUUGAACCAUGCAAAGUUUUGCACGGAAAGCCCGUUGCUUGGUUCACCUUCGUUUUCCCUUGGUUGCAUUGGGGAAGCCUGUUGGCUCAAUUCUCCAAACCCAGCAGGCUGAGUUCAGCCUGGUAGCUCGGCCCUGCAGCUUUUUGGGGGAGGCAUCUUCGCAGUCCGAAGGACAGGCAGGUGAUUCGCCCGGUGUCCCAGCAAAAGACCCUCCUGGAUCUUCCCGGGGGGGGGGUGACCCGGCCCAGUGAGGUCACAAAGCACAGCACAGGUGUUAAUUCCUCUUUGUCAUCUUCCGCCCACUGUACGUCGCGAUAGUUGUGUUGCAGGAGAUCUGUCCCAGGCUGGAGUUUCUUGCUCUCGGGCUAAAGAAAGCAGGGAUUCCCAAUCUGGGCAACUUUUAAGACGCAUGGACUUCAACUUCCUGAAUUCUGGGAAUUGAAGUCUACGUGUCUUAAAGUUGCCAAAAUUGGGACCCCUGAAACAAGAGAACAGGCGUAGACUUCCGGUGUGCAACCAGGAAGAAAAAAACAUGCACAACUGGGCAGAGGGCAGAUUCCGGGGGGGGGGGGGAAAUAAUGGGGUCAUUAACCCUGGAGUGGGAGGGGACAAUAUCUCAAAUCGCCUCCCCCCUCAAAUUCAAGGGGGACCUGCUGGAGAGAACCCUUAAAUCCUGCAGGGGCUGCGGUUAAAAUUUGGGGUGCCCAAAGUGGGCUUAAUCUUACCAAAGCGUUUCGAGAUUUAAUCACACAGGUGGAGUUUUUUUGGGGGGGGGAAAGGGCAGAAACUGGACUUGUGAAAGGAUGGGGAGGGGGUUUUUUGAACUGCUAAAAUAUCUCAGUUGCCACCCAGUCGAUUCUCAGUUGUUUUCCUUGCACCGCAGUGUGCGUUCUGUGUGGUUGUCGAGUCAAGAUCUGUUCCUGAAAUGUGCCUCCAGGAGUUGUGGGUACUCCGUUCCUGCGGGGUUUUAAGAAGAGAUCGGACAGCCAUCUGUCUGAAACGGUA